AUUAAAAGUUAUUUUUAUGCCAAUUGUAAAACAUCUUGCAGAUGUUCAAGAACAGAAUAUUGUUGCACUUUUGGUUGUUGUGUGUCACCUGGACUCCAUUUCCAUCAUUUAUGGUACUACUGGAUUCUGGUUAUAAUCAUGUUCCUUGUGUGUUCCGGUGGUGGCUGGUGGUAUCGAUACUGGUUGCAGGGCAGAUAUAGAGCAGCAGCUUCAGCUAUUCCAACUCGAUCUUUCUAUCCUAGAUCUCAAAAUUCUCUUCGUAAUACAUCUUGCCGAGCGCAGCAAGCUCGUAUUACAUACAAUUCAGCAAGAAAUACCGUCCUAUUGCAUCGUAUGUGGAAAGGUCCUCAAAGAAAUACAGCAGCGUCAACAUAUAACGGUAAUGCAACUACUUCAACGCACUAUCAGAAUAUGAAUGUAGUGUUAAACAAUAGCAGUUGUCCUUACUAUCAAUUAUACGGUCCACCACCAAGUUAUGAGACAGUGAUAGCACAGACGCGCGGCAAGAUUUCCAAUCCAGCGUCACCGGAGUCUUCUGCGCGAUUGAAUCUACAAACGGCGAACGUGAUACCAAAUCCGAGUGUAUCGCAGUGUUUCUUCUAUACUUGCAAUUCUCCAGCUAGAUUGGUAGACGGUAAUUCCAGUCAAAGUGAUAACGCGACUUCCCACCAGCUUGACAAUCACGAGAAUGUUCCGUUCGCGCAUUUCUCGCAAUAUUGUGUAGCGAAUGGCGCUAUUAGUCAAAAUAUGUGCGUUCCUUUGGAGUAUCCACAAGAAUCGAUCGCUUCUGGAGGAAGCAAUUUUAGUCCUAGUUAUCAGAAUAGUUCACAACGGCUGCCAGGAUAUUCAACGGACAGAUCGGCCGAUAUCUCGAAUGCGGAAAACGCAACUCAUGGUUACGAAGUUCAGAAUGCAGAAGGAUGUGCAAUGCUCGAUAUCGAUACUGCUACUGGCAGCUACAGAGAACACAGUCCAUGGCAUGGAAAUGAUCGAUCUGUAUUGAAAGUCCACGGCAAGAUUACCGUGCAGGAUGAAAAUUGUGCGUCUCACCAAAGAUGUGCGACAAUCGCAAAGAUGCGUGUUUCCUCGCCUAAAUCAGAGGGGAGCGGAAGCGAGAACGACCUGAAGCGUAUAUAUCCCGUGAUCUCUACGGCACAAAGAAACUUAUCGAAACAACGUCCGGAUUACGGUGGUUUUGUGCGAUUACCGCAUAAUCACACUGGAGAUGUCAUUUAUCAAGGCAGCAGCUUCCAAAGAAUUUCCUUCAAAGAUUCACCGAGCUCUCAACGGUGCGCUUUUAAUUCCAAUCGAAUGGCAGCUUCCGAGAACGCACUUUGUAACACGAAUUCUCCGGGACAAGCGGUAGAGGUUGUUGCGAGUUCUUCUCAAUCAAAUCCAUCCAAUAAUGUGAUAUUAGAAUCUUUUAUUUUUGAAAAUGCGCAAUUGCCUCCGAGUGAAAACGUCGAAAGGGCGCGUGAUCUUCGUACAAUGAAUCGGAGUACAAACUUUGAUCUUGAAAGUAAACACAAAUUAAACAGAUCGAAGUCGCUAGACUGAGUAUAAAUCGAAAUCCUUAUCAUUGUAUUAAGCGAUACUUAUAUUCUUGUCCCUCUGUUAUUCGCGCGUAACUUAUAUAGCAAUACAAACAUAACCGUUCGUUAUCGAGAAUCACAUUAGAAUAAUCUUCACCUUCCGAAUAUCGUGAUAAAAAACGAGGAUUCUAUUUUAUUAAAAGUAAUGCAAUAUAUUAUUUUCUUUAACACGUAUGUGUGUAAUUAAUAGUAUAUUUAAUACAAUAAUAUUCCAUAUUUACCGACUUUAUAUUAUUGUUUCGCGUUACUUUAUUGCAUCUUUAAUUUUCGAAUGUGAUGAUUAAAUCUUGUGAGAUGUAUAUAUCAUCCACUAUUCUCUCGCGCAGAAUUAGCGAAUAUAAUAUUAGACAUUAGACUUAAAUCGCACUCUUGCAAUAUUUUUUGCAAAUAAUACCGCAACUCCAAAGCUAAACUAUUUUUUGAUUACCUAUUGUGAUAUUAAAUAUUAUCUAAGUGUAAUAGAUGAUAGUGUGUUCUUACAUACACUGACAAAGCGUUAUUUCUGGUAUCUGCGACACACUGCCAUGAGAAAAUCUUUUUCAACAUUUCAUUAGACACUGAUCUAAUUUUUAUUCCUGCACUAUAUUUAACGUAAUUUAAGAUUUUGGAACGGUUCGAACAGUAUUUCAGGAACGUUGUACUUCCACAGUCAGCGGACCAAUUUAAUCCACUUACGCAUAAAAAAGAAUAUCAAUCAUUAUAUUUCAUUUGUCUAUAUCGUAACGAUAUGUAAGCAAAUAAUCAUCGCACAUUUUUUUAAAUCCUCGGAUGGAAACGCACUUAUGAACAAAGUCUUUACAGAAGAGACUAAGGUCUUAAAAAAAAAAAAAAGAAAAAAAAAAGGAAAAUAACAUAAGAUUUAUUUUUUAAAUAUUAUAAUAUAAAUUUCGACGUAUUUUUUGUAACGAUAUUGAUAUCGAACUUGACAAUGCCGAAAUAGUCUCAUUUUUCGAGCUGUAUUUCAAGCCGGUCAAGGCAGUCCUCUAUAUAUAUUUAAGCUUCUAUCACAAAUAUAUGUGCACAUUAAUAUUAUCUCGAUAUUAAAAAGUGCGUAAAGUUAAUUACUACACAUUGCACACGUAUUUAAGGAUAAGGUAUACAUAGUUAUCCAAGACAAUUAUAUAGUUUGUUCACGAUUAAAACAGGAAUAUACUGCUGUAAUAAAAAUGCGACCGCAUAAAAAUAUAAAAAGCUGAAAGUGAAAUUCGUUCAAAAUUGAACAUUAGAAAAGCACAUAUAUAUAGCGAAAACAAUUUAUUAUUGGAUUUGGCUUACAAAUACGCUAUCGUGUUUAUAUGUAAUUUGUUAAUUUUGUUGUUUUAAAUGUGUUUAAAAUUAACAAUGUGUUUAAUAUAACAAGAGAGUGUUUAAAAUUUUUCCUUUCUUCAAUUUUUCUGCACAUAUAAUAUGCAAAAAGAAAAACUAUCGUGCUGUGACAUGAAUGACAUUUAAUUUAUAAUAUUUUGAUCAAUCGUGGCAAUAUAUAUUAAUUGUAAUGGUCGAAUUAUAUUGUUUAGAUAAAUUAGAUUAAGUCAUUGGUUUAUACGCGCUACACUUCUUCGGAUAUUUUAAGGUCGCAGAAUACUACGUCGAAUGCGCUUAUUCUUCAAUUUAGAUUCUUGAAUUAUAAUAACGGUCCAAGAAACACGUAUGUGCCAAUAGCGACAAGUCCGUUAGAUAAGCUGGAGUAUUGGAUAAGCGAGACGCAGUCUCGUAGCCAAGGAGAUCUUACUUUAAAAUGCAAAACAAAAUAAAUAUAUACACAAUAUGUAUAUACACAAUUAUUUUUUGUAACCGAUCCUAAUUAAUAAAUGGAGGCUGUUUAAGGAGUUCACAUGA